UUUACGCUUCUUCAUGUUGUGGAUUGAAAGUAACAGCUAAAAAGGUUUUAGGUGGCAAGACCCUAAGUUUAGUGUGUGUAAUAAAAACUGACUUUUGAUAAAGGUUUUCAUCUUGAUUCUUGUAAAAAAUGACAUAAAUCGUAUGAUUGUUCUUAAAAUGUUGUGUCCAUGGUUACUAACUGAUUAAUCUUUGGCAUGGUUGGCUUCGGUUGCAAGUCGGGUUUUCUAUAAUAAUGAUUUUGUUUCUGCAGAUAGCCACUGAUGUGGCUGCACGAGGAUUGGAUAUUCUUGAUGUUGAAGUUGUAAUAAAUUAUAGUUUUUCGCUGACGGCAGAGGAUUAUGUCCAUAGAAUUGGGAGGACUGGACGAGCUGGUAAGAAGGGGGUGGCUCACACUUUCUUCUCUAAGGACGAAAAGGGGACUUGCUGGGAAGUUGAUAAAUUUCUCCAGGAAGGUCAGCAGGUCGUACCUGAAGCCCUACUAAAAUUUGGGACUCACGUAAAGAAACAGGAAUCCAAGUUGUAUGGUGCUUAUUUCAGGGAUAUCGAUUGAAAUGCUCCCAAGGCUACAAAAAUAAAGUUCGACUGUUCUGACAAUGAAGAUUGAUUCAAGGGGUCAUGCAAAAACGAUUCUUGGAUAAUUUGAUUCGCUCCAACGUCACAGAAAAUGUGAAAGCGUGUGGUGCCAUAACGAUAGGAAGCCUAGUAUAGUUUACGUUCUUGCAUAUCUAGAUAGUAAGUUAUUUAAAGGAUAAAUUUCAGUAUUU